UGCUACGUUUUAUCCAGACAUGCCGCGAGCCUACAUCUGGUUUCAGGCUCCUCUCAUCGUCAGUUCAUUCAUUCUAUGUAGAAGGAAACCGAUGUUAUUGUAACGCAUCACUUGGCAAUGUUUACGAACUAACGUCUGUAUUAUAAAUGAUUCAUGUAAAAUAGUAUGUAUUAGGAAUAGGAACCGUAUUCAUUUCACGUGUAGGUAGGGUAGGUGUACGUAAAUUUACCUGAAGCAGAGAGGCACAUAGUACAAUCUACAGAUUAGUAUUCGUUUAGCGCGCAGUUUCAUAAAAGUACCUGAAAAAAUCAAAUCAUCCACGCAUCAUGGAGUUCGUAAUCUUCACGUAUUUGUUGCUGGCCCUAGUAUCACUUUUCGGAUACUUGUAUUUAUUACUGAAGAGACGUUUCGAUUACUGGAAGAACCUAAAAGUACCCUACAUAGAACCGCAAAGUUACGUAUUCGGUCAAGAUAAAAAAGUAGCCACCGGAGAACUGUCGAUGGCCGAGAAUCAGCUCGAAGUUUAUAAAAAACUAGCUCCUCACAAAUACGGCGGAAUAUUCUUUUUUCAAAAUCCUGCCUUCAUUGUUCGAGACCCAGAGCUGAUAAAACACGUACUGACCAAAGACUUCGCUCAUUUUUACGAUCGCAGUAUGUACUUCGAUAAACCUUACGAAUCGCUGACUCGACACCUUUUCAAUUUGACUGGCGAGCAAUGGAAAACAAUCAGGGCUAAGUUGACGCCGACAUUUUCCACUGGUAAAUUGAAACUGAUGUUUGCUUACGUCAAAGAAUGCGUCGAUGAGUUGAUCAGUGUCGUAGAUGAACGACAAGAUGAAGAGAUCGAAAUGAAAGAUUUGAUGGCCAGAUACACAGUGGACGUGAUAAGCUCUUGCGCAUUUGGCUUAAGAACGAAUUCUUUGCGAAACCCAGACGCAGAAUUCAAAAGAAUGGGAGUACAAGCGUUAGCACCCACAGCAUGGACACGUGUAAAAAAUAUUUUGGUAGCGAUAGCCCCUCGAUUAGUGUUCUUUCUGAAGAUACGUACUUUCGACGACCAAGUGACCGAAUUUUUCCAUCGUAUUGUGCGAGAAACGGUCCAAUACAGGGAGGAGAAUAAUGUAACCAGGAAUGAUUUCCUACAUCAGGCUUUGCAACUAAGAAACCAAGAUGAAUCAGAAGCCAAGAAGGAAUCCUCGGAGGGUAUAACGUUGAAUGAAAAAUCAGUCGAACUAACUUUGGAUAUAAUAACUGCCCAAUGCUUCGUGAUAUUUUUGGGAGGUUUCGAAACAUCAUCCAGUGCUUUGAGUUUUACCCUAUUCCAGUUAUCUCAGAACCCACACGUUCAACAAAAAUUACAAGAAGAUGUCGAUCGAGUAUUCGAUAAAUACAACGAUGAAAUAACCUACGAUGCAUUACAAGAAAUGACUUACGCGGAUAUGGUAAUUCAUGAAACACUGAGAAAAUAUCCGGCUAUCCCCUUCCUCGUUCGAACUUGCACCGAAGAUUACAAAAUACCGGAUACUGAUACGGUAAUUAAACGGGGUACUUGGACCUUUGUGCCAAUCUACGGUCUCCAUCACGAUCCAGCAUAUUUUUCCAAUCCGGAUGACUUUUAUCCGGAACAUUUCACCGAGGAAGCCAUCAAAUCCAGACCUCAUUACACGUAUUUACCAUUCGGCGAAGGACCACGAAUAUGCAUAGGUAUAAGAUUAGGUCUCAUGCAAGUUAAAUUGGCGCUAGUCAGCUUGAUUAGAAAUUACAGCUUUAGUUUAUCUCCUAAUAUGAAACUUCCGAUGACGUUCGAAAAGCAUACGGUAUUAACUCACAGCGAAAAUGGUAUUUUGGUCGUUUGUACGAAAAGGAAUCACGAAUCGAAAGACACGUAGUGGGAUUUUUUAAUAAUUUUAUUGCAUAUUUUUGUACCUGCAGGAUGAUUUAUAAGUGAAGAAUUACCUUUUUUCUUAUAAGCAGAUAGCCUAAGCUAUACAGAGCAUCAAAAUAAGCUUGCUUGUUAGAUUUUUUUUAAUCUUAACGUUUUGUGUUCGCCCAACUAAAUGAUGAACUUUUGUACAUAAUUGUAAUACGAGUAGAUUUACUUAUUGGGACAUUCGAAACACAACUUUGAACAACUCAUCAAUGUAUGUACCUAAUUACUCAUCAAAUGUUGCAUAGGUAAGAAGAAAAAAAAAACUCUUUUUAUAAGAAAGAUCUUCAGCAUUUUAAAGUCCAGUGUCCAGUAUUGAAUAUUUUGAAUUUGUGUAUCAUAAGUUGUUCCGUAUGUGGUAUGUAUAAUAUGUACAAUCAAUUGGUGAGAAUGUCAUUCGACACUCACUUGAAAACAAACUACGAGUAUAUUAAUUAACAUUUUCUUCUAGUGUAA